UCAGUAGGUCGUGGUUUCUUCUAUCGUGCCCGUUGUGUAGACUCUCGCCUCUGAUUCGCUGGACCGAAAGGCGGCGUUUACUUUGAAAAUGGCUGAGGCGGACGUAUAUUCACAGUCACUUCAGAACGCAGGAAAAGCAAUUGUAAAAGCACCGAAAACAACGGAAGGAAUGGUGGAUGAGACAGUCAAAGUUGCUGUCAGGGUGCGACCACCGUUCCCAGAAGAACAGAGCCAUGACUCGAGGAGCCCCAUUGAGGUGGUGCCCGAAAAUGCACAACUCAUCGUGGCCAGUGAAUAUGGUUUCAGCUUUGACUACACAUUCGAUGCAGACACUACACAGGAGGAACUUUAUACUCGCUGUGUUGCGGACUUGAUUGGCAAGGUCACCACUGGGUACAACUGUUGUGUCCUGAUGUAUGGCCAGACAGGCUCUGGAAAGACGUACACCAUGGGCACUGAUUACGAUCAUAGCCAAGUGCCACCAGCCAAUGAGGGCAUCAUCCCACGGGCUCUGCGAGACUUGUUUGCCUGUCUUACAAGACAGCAGGAAGGUUGCUGGACUGCAAAGGUUUCCUUCCUCGAAAUCUACAAUGAGAGCGUCUUUGACCUGCUGGCAACACCAAAGGACAGAGAAGCCAUCCCUAUUCGUGAAGUGGGAAAAGUCAUUGUGCUGAAAGGCCUGGUGCACCAGGUUGUGGAGAGCCCGGAGGAGGCCCUGCGAUGCUUAGCACAAGGCUGCCGCAACAGAAGCACAGGUGCCACUCUGCUCAACAGCUGCUCGAGCCGCUCGCAUGCCAUCUUCAGCAUCCACCUGCAGGGACAAGUUGAGGGGGCAAUGUACACAUCAAAGCUGCAGCUUGUUGAUCUGGCUGGCUCUGAAGCUGUCAAGAGGACGCACAGCAUUGGAGACCGGAGGAAAGAAGGUGUCUCCAUCAACCUUGGCCUUCUGGCUCUUGGCAAUGUGAUCAACUCUCUGUGCUCUCACAAUGGAAAGCCACAAUUUAUUUCUUACAGGGACUCUUCACUCACGCGGCUCCUGAGAGAUUCGCUGAAUGGUGGAAGCUUUACGGUGAUGAUUGCCUGCAUAAGUCCAGCUAUCUGCAACAUCCCAGAAACUAUAAACACCCUGCGCUAUGCUGACAGGGCUCGGCAGAUCAAAAUGAAGCCUGCAAUUAACAAGGCCAACAAAGAGAACAUCCUGCACCGCCGACACUUUGACUUCCCACCACCUUUCACACCAUCCCAUUGGCAGUCAACACUCCAGACACCUCUGCGUACACCUCUGCGUACCAAGGCAGUUGGCAGUUCUGUGAAACGACGACCUAACAUCUCAACUGUCCAACUAGAAAGCACGCUGCUAGCUCCAGCCACUGAGGAGGACACCCUGAUUUCUUCAUCUGACAACGCCUCCUUCACAACGGCAGAGAGCUUGUCACCUGUGCGCCAAUGUCCAACACUGCCCUUGACGCCACUUGUGGAGAGACUUUGUGAACAACUUGAGCCGUCAUUGCGCAAGGACAUUGGAAAAAAGUUGGAAAGCUUCAUGGCUCAGUCGUACUUGGACCACACAUCAACCACUGCUGUGGAGUGCACUCUGACUGAGGAACAGCAGACACUGCUGGACGCACUGGACACCACACUGCAGGAGAAGAAGCGAAGGACAAUGAGCCACACACCCCUGCAAGAUGCAACAAACACACCUUUGACUGCGAAAAAACGCAAAAUUUCUGGGUCUGGCACCAAAGUCCAACGAACCUCAUGGAAAUCAUCACCUGAACUCCAACAGCCAAAUCUUCGGAGAAGCACUCAAGCUCAGAAUGAAAAUGGCUCCAUGCGCCAAAGUUCGAUUUACCCUGUGGUGGUAGACAUACCUGGUGAUCACAGCCAGAUGUCUCCGGUGGUUACUGAAGCCGUGAAGCCACUGAGGAGAAAGUCUGUCUUUGUGUCACCAAAGACACCGCAGUCUUGCAUUGCCUCUCGGACACGGCGUAGGUCAACCAUAUUCAACCAGAGACCUGCAGACAUAACGCCUGGCCAGAAAGUGGCAAGCAAGGGUGCCUGCACCACAGGUCGUAAGAAACCCUCGGCACUAGGACCCAUGGCGACUCCCAAAAGAGCACGACUUGCACACAUCAAGAAUGUGCUGAAGCUGCUCAACUCGGCUUCCGAGAAGAAACUCCAGACACUGGCAACAGUUGGUCCCAAGAGGGCACGAAUGCUCUACUUGCACAGGACCCUGCGUGGCCAGUUUGAGACCUUUGAGGACCUUAAAAAGGUUGAAGGUCUUGGAGGAGACAAUUUCUUCAAAGCUUUCAUGUCUGCAAACAUUUUGACAGAAUAACCAGAAAGCCUUUACAAGUACAUUUCUUGUCUACAUAGUCGUGUUGUGUACAUGAAUGUCAACUUGAUAUUUAAUUGCUGUUCAAAAGUCAUGGAACGAUAGUUCAGAAACUUGGAUAUCUUAGCUCUGCACUUCUACCAUUAGCACACAUUGGUAAUGGGUAAAGUACAUUUUUUUUGGCCCAUGUAUACUGGCAUGCAGAUGCACUAGUGGAAUUGAUUCGGUCAGUUCAUUAUUUAUUUUUUAUUUUGUUUUGGCACUCACGCCCAUUGCUUUCCGCAUAGUUGUACUUGUACGCUCUUCAGGAUGUCAGAAUUCAUUAUUUUUCAGCAUGCCAAUAGAUCAACCAAAGGCCACUUUUAUAUGUGCGUUCUUGCUUUAUCUGUUUUGUAGCUUUGUUUUUAUGUUUUAUAUCAUAUUUUUAAUGACUUACAACUUUCAAUGUUGGUUUUUUAUAUGUGCUUUGGUGUGUCCAUACUGGCUGCAUUUACAUGACCAAACAAUGGACCAUAUUGUGAAAAUAAAAUGCUAACGGUGCCA